AUGACUCGCCUUUUGGCAUACGCGCUGGCCUUAGCCCUUUCAUCACAGGCUGUAUUUGCUGCACCUGAAAAGUGCAACCCAGGAAAGAAAUGUCCUGAAAGCUCUCCGUGCUGCUCGCAAUACGGAGAAUGCGGAUCGGGUGCCUAUUGCCUUGGGGGCUGCGACGCGAAAUCUUCCUUUGCUAUUGAUUCCUGCGUGCCAGCUCCGGCGUGCAAGAGCAAGAAGUUUACCUGGGAUAAUCUUGACAGCAUUGUCCCCAAUACAAAAUACCUUGGAGAUGCAGAAAAGGCGGAUUGGGUUUCCAGUGGCCAGCCUUUAUCAAAUGAUGGCACUCUGUUAUUAACCAUGGCCCCUGGCACCGUAGGCACGUUGUUAGCUUAUAACCACUAUCUCUGGUAUGGCAAAGUAAGCGCCAGAUUGAAGACUAGCCGUGGCAAGGGUGUUGUAACCGCAUUUAUUCUUCUGUCAGACGUGAAAGAUGAGGUCGAUUUUGAAUUCGUCGGGGCCGAUUUGGUUACUGCCCAAACCAAUUACUACUUCCAAGGAGUUACAGACUAUACUAAUGGAAAAAACCAAUCUCUUUCGGAUACCUUCAGCGAAUAUCAUACUUACGAAAUUGACUGGACUCCUGACCAGAUCACCUGGGGUAUCGAUGGGAAACCCGUUCGCGUGACGAAACGGUCCGAUACAUUCAACAAGACAUCGAAUCAGUAUGCUUUCCCCCAAUCACCGACUCGUGUGCAACUGUCUCUCUGGCCUGCUGGGCUGCCCUCAAACCAGCCAGGCACGAUCAACUGGGGCGGUGGCCUAGUUGACUGGAAACAUGAAGAUAUUACAAGACAUGGGUAUUAUUAUGCGACUUUUGACGAGGUCACGAUUGAGUGCUACAACCCACCAAAGAAUACUAAGACCGAAGGAUCGAAGUCUUAUGUCCUUACUGAUCUCAAGGGCACCGAGGAUGCAUUCAAAAUCACCGACCAAGACACGACUUUGAAAUCCUUCCUCGGCAACGGCCGCAACAUGUCCGCUGACUAUCCAUCGGCCUCUGGAAGUAAUAAGCCUGCUCAAAGUAGCCAUAUCGCUGUUAUCCCUGGCUUGACUGGAGCCGGACCCGGUGCCGAUGCAAACCGAGGACAAGAUGGCAAUAACAAUAAUAACAAUGGCGGCGGCAGCGGCGGAUCUCCCGGGAAUGGUGGCAACAGCAGACCUAACCCAGGAGAUUUCUCCCAAGGCGGCAGCCCUAGUGACAAGAAGAGCGGCGCUUCUCCGCAAGGCGAAAAAGUACUUACCGGAUCCUUGUUUGCAGUGCUCGUAGCACUUGUGGUUCUCGUUGCGAUGUAA